UUUGCAUUACCAGCUGUCUAGAUGCGAGCUAGCUAACCGGUUAGCUGUCUGAGGUACAUUUACCUUUUUAUUCGGGCUGAAAUUACCGAACAGCCCCUCCGCCACGUUAACGCCGGCUUCUCUGGACGUCGCAAUGCCGGUUCACUCCCGGGAGAAGAAAGAAAGCAACCACGAAGAAAUGGAGGUGGACUUUCCCGAGCAAGACGGCAGCAGCACGGACGAGGAGGACACCGUCAGCUCGUCCGUGUCUGAAGAUGGAGACAGCUCGGAGAUGGAUGAUGAGGACUGUGAGAGGAGGAGGAUGGAGUGUCUGGAUGAGAUGACCACCCUGGAGAAACAGUUCACCGACUUGAAGGAGCAGCUGUACAAGGAGCGUCUGAGCCAGGUGGACAUCAAGCUGCAGGAGGUAAUGGCCGGCUGUGCCCAGGAGUACCUGGAGCCUUUAGCCAACCUGCAGGAGAACAUGCAAAUCAGGACCAAAGUGGCCGGGAUCUACAGGGAGCUGUGCUUGGAGUCAGUGAAGAACAAGUAUGAGUGUGAGAUCCAGGCUGCCUGCCAACACUGGGAGAGUGAGAAGUUGCUGCUGUUUGACACGGUGCAGAGUGAACUGGAGGAGAAGAUAAGACGACUGGAGGAAGACAGACACAGUAUUGACAUUACCUCAGAGUUGUGGAAUGAUGGAUUGCACUCGCGGAAAAACAAGAAGAAGGACCCAUUCUGCCCUGUCAAGAAGAAGAAGCCUGUUGUUGUUUCCGGGCCUUAUAUCGUCUACAUGCUGCAGGAUCUCGAUAUUCUUGAAGACUGGACAGCUAUAAGAAAGGCGAUGGCAUCACUGGGGCCACACAGGGUGAAGGUGGAUGUUCCUGCAGUCAAGCCCGACAGACAUCACCAUGUGGCCCGCUCCGAGGACGGUCGGCUUUUCUAUGACAACCAGUGGUACUGCAGGGGGCAGGCCAUCUGCAUCAACAGGAAGGACGAGUACCCGACGAGUGCCAUCAUCACCACCGUCAACAACGAUGAGGUGUGGUUCAAACGGCUGGAUGGCACCAAGUCAAAGCUGUACAUCUCCCAGCUGCAGAAAGGCAAAUACACUAUCAAGCACUCGUAAAAACACAGUGAAACACACACACACAUACAGGCAAAGACUAUCAUCUCUGCUGUGUUUCUAUUUGUCUCCUUUCCGUGUGGUAUCUUUCUACAUUCUUGCCAUAUGUACAGUCACACACACACACACCUCACUUUACUCCCUCUGCGUGUAAGUAACAAAAAAGAA